AUGAAGAUCCACGAGAAAGACCCGGCCAGCGGUCUGCUCCCCGUCAGCCCCCCCUCCCCCACCAAACGCCGCCGUCCGUCCGUCAAGAGGAGGCAGGGCAUGGAGGAGGAGAACGGAGACGAGCCCCCCAGCAAGAAGAUGGUGGAGGACGUAGCGUCGGAGGACUCGGCGGCGGUGAUUCGAGGAGCGGAGGAGGAGCUGCUGCCUUGUCCAAUCUGCUUCAAGACCUGCAACUCCAGACUGGAGCUGGACGCACACAUGGACUCACACCCAGACACCGCACUGAGGUGUGAUUUUUGCUGCCUUUCUUUCCGAACCCACCGCGGCAUGUUGCGCCAUAACGCAGGCGUUCAUAAGAUCCUCCCCCAGGAUCCCAGCGGCCGGCCCUUCAUCCAGAACAACCCCUCCAUCCCCACCGGCUUCAACGACCUGGCCUUCAUCGACUUCUCCUGCAAGAAGUUUGCUCACAUUGCACAGGUCUGGUGUGAAACGAACCUCCGCCGCUGCAUCAGUAAGUUCCAUCGGUUUGUCUGCGAGAGCUGCGACAAGGCGUUCCCGCUUCGCUCCGCCCUCGACCUCCAUAAAACCACCGCCCACCACGACAAACCCGCCGCCGACACAGAGGAGCCGGCUGAGGACGGAGCUGCAGAAAACGGCGUUGAGAACGACGGUCAGGAAGCAGCAGCGGAGGACGUACCGCCUUCUGAGCAGGCCGGCUUCCUGGAGGCUUUGGGUCUGCAGCACGUUUCUACGGUGAAGUUUGGUCCGACAGACGAUGAGAUCCAUCAGGCCCACCUCGACAGCAUUAAGGUGAUCCACGUGGAGCCGCCGUGCUCCAGCCUGCCCCAAGAGCCCGCCUCAGCCUACCUGUCCGGGCCCCUGGGGUUAACUCUGGGACUGGGUGUGGGGGGGCUGGCGGCCCUCAGCAUCCCGCUGCUGGAGGCCGCAGACUCAGCCUCGGCCCUGCAGGGUCUGUCCCAGAGAGACGCCCUCAGCCUGCUGUCCCUGCAGCCCUUCCAGGCCGGCUUCCUCCUGCAGCCUGACGGGGGCGCAGCCACUGCCAGCGGCGGCUCAUCGGGGGUCAAACCCGGAGAGGCAGGCGGAGCCGGGAUCAUGGAGCUGGCAGACAUCCAGCAGAUCCUCAAAGUAGCAUCUGCAGCGCCCAAUCAGAUGGGACUGACCCUCCCCCCUCUGGCCAAAGCUCCAGGAUUUGCUGGAGGUCAAGGUUCAGUCCAGAGUCAGAAGGCGAUGCCUCCGCUGAAGCCCAAACCUCCCAUCACCCCUCGCUCCAGCCUCACUGCCACCACCCCUCCCCCCCUCCAGAGCUCCCAGCAGGCCUCACUGGGCUGCAUCAGCCCCAGCCUGCCGCCCCCCACCCCCACCCUCUUCAAAACACCCUCCUCAUCCUCCUCAUCCUCUUCUUCAGCUGGGAACGGAGGCCAGAUGGACGCCGAGUGUAUGGGUGACGCUCACACGCCUCUGUCUGAUUCGCCGCCGGCAGCGUCUACAGCUGUACACGAGGAGGCGGGGCUUAGCGGGAGAAAAGCAGGAACCAAAGGAGGAAACGUGGGGAACAACGCCGGCUCGGCUAAAGGCUCGUUCCCGUGCCGUUACUGUGACCAGGUGUUCGCCUUCUCGGGUGUCCUGCAGGCUCACAUGCGCUUCCACCUUGGCAUCCUGCCGCACCAGUGCAACAUCUGCGACUAUGUGGCGCCGGACAAAGCAACGCUGAUCCGACACCUGCGGACGCACAGCGGCGAGCGGCCGUACGUCUGCCGCGUCUGCCACUACCCGUUCACUGUCAAGGCCAACUGUGAGCGCCACCUCAGGAAGAAACACGCAAAGACCUCGAGGAAGGACAUCGAGAAAAAUAUAAAGUACGUCACCUCCACCACCACGGGAAACAUCGCCACGGCGAUCACUGCUACCACGACGACCACCCAGGACACGGAGACAGGCUGCACCGGAGCGGAGACCACAUGCCGGUUCUGCGGGGAGGACCUGAAGACCUAUCGGGCUCUGCAGAUCCACCUGCGCACACACAACGGCUGCCAGAGGAAACCGUUUGAGUGCCGGCGCUGCGGUGCCGCCUUCCUGGCCAAACGCAACUGCAUCCACCACCUGCUGAAGCAGCACCCCGAGGUGCAGGAGCGGGAGAUCGAGGACCAUAUCACCACACUGCUGCCAGCCGCCGCCACCGUUGCUACUGUGGCCUCUGCCCGCACCGCUCCGGUGAAUCCGAUGGCGUUGAACGGGAUCAGACAGCUGCCGCUGCAGGUGGUGAAGGUGGAGGAGUUGGCUAACGUGGUUUAUCCUGCAGAACUGGACCAGCCGCUGGACUUCUCCGCUAAGAGUCGUGAAACUUGCAGCCAGGCGGGAUCUCCUGGGGUCAAACUGGAGAGCGUCUCCCCCAGCUUCGACUGCUCCUCCAUGGACCAGCCCAUCGAUCUGUCCAUCCCCAGUAAGAGACAGAGGAGGGAGGCAACGAGCGCCGGAGAGAAGAGGGAGAUAAAGAUGGAGCAGAGCUGCAGCAGCAUCGAGCAGCAACACGCUCUGACUCUGUCUAAGGAGGAGAAGUCUGCCGCCACCCUGCCACCGCUACACCCUCACCCCCAGCUCGGCUGCUACCAACUCCCCCCUGGAUCCACCCCUCCCCCCGCCUGCCUCCCCAACCUCACCAACUCUGGGCGACCUCAGCGCCUCAAACCCCUGCUGCCCAAACCGGCCACGUCCACCACCUCCUCGCCCUCCACCGCCCUCAAAGAGCUCCCUCCUCUGGCCUCCAUCGCUCAGAUCAUUCACUCCGUCUCCGGAGCUCCAGACCUGCUGAAGAGAGAAGCCGCCUCGCUGGAGAGCAAACCCCAGGCGGCUGCUGCCUCUCAGGCUGAUUUGGCCGCAGAUGUCCCGGGACCCUCGGCUGGUCCGGAGACACAGAGUGAGGACACGACUGAGGCAUCGUCCAGGAAGCGGACCAGAAAGAAACCGUCUGGGCUGGCGGCGAAGGAGAAAGCUGCUGUGAGCAGCGGCGGCGGCGGCAUCGACCUGGAGUCCAGCGGAGAGUUUGCCAGCGUGGAGAAGAUGUUAGCCACCACUGACGCCAACAAGUUCACCACCUACCUGCAGACCGGUGCUGCAGACCUGGGAGGAAAGAGAGAUGAUAGAGGAGGAGGAGGGGAGGAGAAGGAGGGAGGAGCAAGGGAGGAGGGGAAGCCGUCGCUGGGUCCUCAGUCCAAAGGGAAGAAGAACGCCUAUUCCAACUCUGUCCAGAAGAUGACCUGCCCCUUCUGCCCCCGAGUGUUUCCCUGGGCCAGCUCGCUGCAGAGACACAUGCUGACACACACCGGUCAGAAACCGUUCCCCUGUCCUCAGUGCGAUGCCUUUUUCUCCACCAAAUCCAACUGUGAGCGCCACCUGCUGAGGAAGCAUGGCGUCGCCAACAGAUCGCUGCGACGCAACGGCUCCCUCACGAAGAAAGACGGCGACGACGGCUCACACGAGAGCGCAGAGAGUCAGUCAGAGACGGAGCAGGUCUCAGCAGAAGCACAUGAUCUCUGUAGCAGCCCUGCAGACUCCGGCUGCCCCUCCACAGACCAGAGACCCGCCCCCUCGGACCAGCUGGGGUCGGGGUCCGCAUCAUCAAGCCCCGCCCACAGAGAGAGCCAAGGUUGCAGUCCAGCUGCUGACGGAGAAGAUCAGCUGGAGACAGAAAGCACAGAGCAGCCAGAGCAGCAGGGGGCAGCAGAGAGCCGACCGCUGCAGGAGAAACAGCCUCCGCACAGCAGCAGCACAAAGCUGGAGAGCACAGACGAUGACGACUGCCACAGCAACAAGAGUCUGGAUCUGAACUUCGGCAAAAAGCUGAUCGACUUCAAGCUCUCCACAUCCUCCUCCACCUCCGCUCAGGAAGAACAACCCUCCCAACCCACUUCCUCUUCCUCCUCCUCCUCCUCCUCUACCUCUGCUCCUCAAAUAGCAGUGGAGAGCCCGGAGGAGCAGAAGGAGAGAGGCGCUACGACCUCAUCCUCAUCCUCAUCCUCCUCUUCCUCCAGCAGCCCCGCGAUGAAGCAGCAGCCGGAGUACAAACACGUGUGUCGAGUUUGUAAGAAGAGUUUCCGUUACGCCACCACCCUCGCUCGCCACGAGAGGGCGCACCUCUCGGAGGAGACGCCGACGCCGACGGCUGCGGAGGAGGAAACCUCGCCGGUGAAAGAGGAGGAGACGGAGAGCAAACCCACGGAGGAGGAGAAAGAAGAAGAGGAGCAGAAGAAGGAGGCGGAGAUGGAGGCGGACGAAGGAGGAGUGAAGGGAGGCGAGAGCGAAGAGAGCGGCGAGUCGGAGGAGGAGGAGAAGGAGAAGGAGGAGCGCAGCGACGAGGAGGCGUCAGAACCAAAGAGUUUAGAAGGAGGAGAAACGUCAGGAGGAGGACGAGUGGACAAGAGGAAGAAGAUCUGCAACGUCUGUGGGAAACGUUUCUGGUCUCUGCAGGACCUGACCAGACACAUGAGGUCACACACAGGUGAGCGACCCUACCAGUGUCAAACCUGUGAGCGCACCUUCACCCUGAAGCACAGCCUGGUUCGCCACCAAAGGAUCCACCUGAAACCCCGCGGAGCAGACGGCUCCUCCGCAGCCAACGACGACGCCGUCAGCGAGGACGGAGACUCCUGCACCCCGACCCCGACCUCCACCUGCCCGCCGUCUGAGAACGAGAGCGAGUGCGGCAGCGGCACCGCGGGGGGCAAAGACCUGGAGGAGGCCGAGGAGCAGCGAGGGGAGGAGGAGGGGGCCGACGGCUCGGACUCGCUCAUCUCGCCGGAGGAGCAAAGCCCGACGAAAGCAGCAGCAGCAGCAGCGGCGGAGUCCGAGCUUGAGUCGGAGCUGGAGAGCCAGACGUCGGCGGAGCCACAAGCGGCCGCCGUCACCGCUGACCAACCAGAAGAAAAAUCCGAACUCUCUGCGACGCCGGCCCCCUCCCCCGCCGACGCGUCCCCCCGCCAACAAGCUACUGACACAAAGACUAAGGACGCAGCAGGCGACGACUCCUCAACCAGCGACCCAACGCCUAACUCAAACAUCUCCAAAGACCCUUCUUCUUCUUCUUCUUCUACUACUUCUUCUUCUUCUUCUUCCCUUUCUUCCUCCUCUUCUCCACCCGAGGAGCCCGCGACAGCCGCCCCUGCAGAGGGCUUCAUCCAGGGGCUGCUGGAGAUCCACGCCAAGCCCCCCCUGGAGCACAUCCUGCCCAACGGAGAGCCUCCUCUGGUCGGGGUCGACUGAGGAGAAACUCCUCCUGGCUGUCUAAACCAACGUCACCACAGUGCCAUACGACAGAAACACGCUCCACCAUACAUGAUGAUGAUGGUGGUGAUGAUGAUGAUGCAAAAACCAGCCCGGAAAACUUUUUGAUAGAAAGAAAGACGAACCUCGUUUUCUUGAAGUGCCUUACUACUAGUCCUACUUCUAAGAGAUGUUUUUUUGCUAUAUCUUUAUCUGCAUUAUUACGGAGGAUGGAUCUAAUUUUUAUAGCUUUUUAUGAUGACAAUGAUUUGCAUUACUAUGUUUUUUUUUUUUUUGUGCGGGGAAUCUAUAAUUCAGCAAUAAGAAAAUAAAGUUACGAUUUAUUAUUGUUCUAGAUUCUGUUUGAGAAUUGAUGAUCAACUUUGGACGGUGACAGAGAUGGACUGUCUGGUGUCUGCGUUUAAUCUUCUGUAUUUAAAUCACAGCUGGGCUCCAGACACACACACAAACAAACAGAGACCAAUCCACAUGUUUAAAAUUUGAACCAGCUGUCGAUUUAAAAGCAAAAACUAUAACCAGGGUGUG